CAGAGUUGGAAGAGAACUAAGAACUAUCCAUAACUUCCCUGUGUGACCUUAGCCCAUUCUACCUCAAUUCUGAUCUCACAUUCCGCAUAUAGAAGUCAAACACUUGCUAAAUUGAUUAUUAGGUCAUUCUUCUGGAAUGAGGUAGCAGAUUAAAAAAAAAAAAGAAUAAAAAUCCCCAAACAAGGUAUCUUGAGGAAAUGGAUGAAUAGAGGGAGGAGAGUUAAAACUACCACAAAGAAGAUUUUCAUUCUUAAACUGGGGAAGAGAAUGAACUUAAGAACUGGUUGCCAAGACAACAUGCUGUUAGGGAGGGAAGAGGAAAGGAAAUGGGAUCUCAGUGGUUACUAUUGUUAUUACUACUUCUGGAAACGAGGGUCAUAAGGAGCUGUCUUGAAUGUGAUCCCAAAUAUUUUAAUGACAUUAUUUGGCUACUGGAAGACCUGGUGCCCCAAAAUACUCCUUCAAGAACUGCUUUCCUUGAUCGGCAACUUCAAGAAAUGAGGGACGUAAGCACCAAGGUCCACCAGGGGAAGAAAAGACUGCGGGUCUUGGAUGUUCGCCAAGCUUUCAAAGUAAGAGAGUGGUUGAAAGAAAAGCUCAAGAAUUUAAAACAGAAGCCAUGGAAAGGAGUCUUCAUCUUCCAGGGUCAACUUCUUCAACUUCGUCAGAACCUUCAGUCCUAUUUGACUGAGACUUUAAAGACCUUCUCUGAUCUUGCUUGUUCUGAAGACUGCAUGAUGACUGAGGGUCCUGUUCUUGAUUGUUGGAAUUGUCUACGAAUUACUACACCUUGCUUCAAAGGAGAACUUUGUGGUGAUGAUGACCCAAAGACAGCUGAACAACGAGAAAUUGCAUUGUUUCUAACAUUGAUGGUGGAGGCAGUGGGAUUGGGAUCUAUUGCCUUUCUGUAUUACUUUUGCAUCAUUCACCGGAAAAGAAUGAAGGUGAAGCUAGAAGAAUUUAAGAAAAUUGCAAAUACACUAAUGGAAUAGAAGAGAAGUGAGAAAGAAAAUACGGUAGCAAGAAAAUAAAUUCAUAACAAAUGUGCAAGUCUCUUGCAAUUC